AUGAGGAUGCUUUGUCUUGAUGAAGCUGUAGAGAAUGGCGGUCUCGAGCAAAAAGAGAAAGAGCAUAUGGACGCAAUAUACCUAGCUCUUGAUUGCUUUUUCAGCUUCAACUUAACAAAUUACAUCCCUUUUCUUAGUGGGUGGAACGUAGAUAAAGAGGAGAAGGAGGUAAGAGAAGCGGUUCAUAUAAUCAACAGAUGUAACGACCCGAUCAUCCAAGCCAGAAUACGUUUAUGGAGGAAGAAAGGCGGAAAAGCUACAGAAGAAGACUGGCUCGAUAUCCUCAUCACGUCAAAAGAUGAUCAAGGAAUGCAUCUGUACACAUUUGAUGAGAUUAGGGCUCAAUGCAAGGAAAUCAAUUUAGCAACAAUUGACAAUCUGAUGAAUAACGUGGAGUGGACGAUAGCGGAGAUUCUGAACCAUCCAGAAAUUCUUGAGAAAGCCACAAAUGAAUUGGACAUGAUAGUUGGGAAAGACAGACUUGUGCAAGAAUCAGACAUACCAAAACUCAACUACAUCAAAGCUUGUAGCAAAGAAUCUUUUCGUCUUCACCCAGCUAAUGUGUUCAUGCCUCAUCAUGUAGCUGCCCAGGCACUAAGAUUGGGACAUCUAUGA